AUGGCGGUGGGCCAUGAUAGGAUGAUCCAUCCGCUCAGUAUUCGCACAAUGCAAUUGAAAUUUCAAAAGCUGCGGCUUGUCCCCGGUAAACUGGAAGAGACAGGUAAAGUGCAAUUGAUGGCUCAAGAGACACAGUCGAAUCAGGCCCAUGGAACUAUUAAUCUUCAGAGUUCCCAAUUGCGACACUCGACGACUGUAGGACUAAUCAGUUCGGGAUAUACGAAUUCUGAGGAACUAUACACGCUCCAACAAGUUUCAUACUCGCCAAACAAACUGCCUGCGGGUUCGAACGUUUGCUUAGCUCAAGUGGCACCUGGUUCAAAUACGCACUUGGGUCCCCCAGAUCCUAGAGCACCUUGUGUGUCAGGCUCCGCCACGUCCGUCUUGACUACGCACGGGUCGUAUGUAGAUAGCAACUCGCACACCGCUGGAAUUACCCAUGGCGGUUACGGCAAGGGACAGAUGACCCAUGUCCAUGGCAACGCGACGUCCAGUCAGCCUGAUAUGUUAGAGAGCCUGCUCUCCCGAAGUGCUUAUACUUCUCAAGUAAGCGCCGUCCCGGAGUAUUCUCGAUCAACAGGUUCGACACAAAAUGCUCAGGCUUUGGGGUCGACCGUUUCUGUGUCUUCGACAGCUGUUCGCUUUACAGGAACUGCUCCAUCUGGGCAUCCGGGGGCCUCCACCUACAGUGGUACUAACAACAAUCCCUCAGCCGUUGCCACUGAUCCUGAAAAGCGCCGGCUUAUCCAACACCAGUUGAUCCUGCUGCUUCAUGCGCGGCGUUGUAAAGCCCAAGAUGGAGACCGUGGGAAUCAGUGCAACCAACCACACUGCAAAACUAUGCGUGACGUGCUACAACACAUGGCGACAUGCAAUGAAGGCAAGGAUUGUCAGAAACCCCAUUGUGCUUCUUCGCGUCAGAUAGUCUCACACUGGAAAAACUGCAGUAACCGUGAAUGUCCAGUGUGUGAGCCCCUACGGCAAAGCCAGCACUAUCAACAAAACCAAAUUGUACGUCAACAGCAGUCUCAAGUUGCGGCCACACAAGCGGCAGUUCGAACUCCGGAGGUCAAUGGCGUUGAUCCAAACACCAUUUCAUCUGGCCAGUCCUUCACCCAGGCGGCGCCCAUUAUGCGCCCCACGACCGCAGGGAACUCCGCAGUCGCUACGACUGGUCUGCGAACAGCCGUCCCCGCGGGAACAGCUACAAGUUUGGACCCGUCAAAUGUCAACGGAGUGAGCGGCCCUGCAAUCGUCAACCGCACCUCGAUUGACCAAACUGGUUGGCGAAAGGAAGUGAAUAUGCCCAAGCGCAACCAUGUGGUCAGACGGAUCGUGCGGUUCAUUUUCCCGUUUCCUGAUCCCGCUGCUUACAAUGACCCGCGUAUGCGCAAUCUCAUCGAAUAUGCGCGGAAAGUCGAACGAGAGAUGUAUAGCACGGCAACCACAAUGGAUCACUACUUUCGCCUUCUAGCCGAGAGGUGUUACAAAAUCCACCGAGAACUGGAGGAGAAGCGAAAAAGCCGACAGUCUAAUUCUGACGUAACGGCAGUGAGUUCAAAGUCAGCCGUCACCACCACAAGUCCCUCUGGGACGUCAAAUUUCAACCAGAGUUUAUCCGCUUUGUCUAAUCAGUUAGCUCUCGCCACAACUCCGACUCCCUCGGUUACUUCUGCUGCAAGCAGAGUAGCUUGCACCGUAACUAACGGCACAUCUACCAGCAUCCCUUCAGACGGGUUCGAAUUCGGGUCUUUCACCUCCCAAGAUUCAAAUGGCUCCGAGAACGACAUGUCUCGAUUCGAGCAGUACCUUCAAAAUGCCUAUAACAGAGGUCGAUAUAAAUCCGAAGCAGGCCCAUCAACUAUUUCAGAGCCCUUAUCGAAUGCCUCUUCCUCCACCUCUUCAACCACAGCCCCUCUUACAAUCCAGUUAAAGCCAUCUGCUGAGGACUUUAAAACUGCUUGUGUCGUCCCGACACCCACUGUUUCUGAUCCUUCUCCCAUCAAGCAGGAGAGUAUAACUGUGGAAACUAAAAACACGGAACCACCGGUAGUUGAAACGUCCACUAGCGGUGACUCGUUUCCCGUCGUUCCCACCCUGACAUCCUCUGCUUCCGGGUUGUCGCUCAAUGUUAAAGCUGAUGAGACUAACUGGAAACGGUGGUCCAGAGAGGAACUGCUUCGUAGUUUUCUACAGUUACUUGAGGAGGUUUACAAUGACAAGUUUGCCGAACCUUUCCGUGCUCCUGUCGACCCGGUGAUGCUACAUAUCCCUGAUUAUUUUGAGGUGAUCAAGGAGCCCAUGGACCUGACAACUAUCCGAAACAACUUGGAGGACGGAAACUACAAGGACCCUUGGGAAGUCGUGGAACAUUUCCGUCUCAUGUUCAAUAAUGCUUGGUUAUACAAUAAAAAGAACUCCAAGGUUUAUAAAAUGUGCACAAAGCUCGCGGAACUCUUUCAGAGUCGAAUUGAUCAAGUAAUGCAAGGAAUGGGUUUCUGCUGUGGACAAGACUAUGAGUAUCAGCCACAAGGUCUAUACUGUGCGUCCGCAAAUUUGUGUGCGAUUAACCGAGAUGCAACUUACUUUGUAUACUUUAAUAAGUACGUCUCUUUACACUUCCAUCACGGUCUCUUUAGUGACAAGCAGUCGACGGGUCUUGUUUGUGACAAGUACUAUCAAUGUGAAAAAUGCUUUGACGAGGCAGGUGAUGUCGUCAUCUUAGCUGAUGAGCCAAAUCAAUCUGUGUCGAUACCCAAAGAGCAGUUCGAGCGGAAGAAGAACAAUGUUAAGGAGAAGGAAGAACUCGUCACUUGCAAGGAGUGCGGCCGCCGGUGGCAUAAGGUCUGCGCUCUGCAUAUGGGUGAGAUUUGGCCUGCCGGGUUUGUUUGUCCUGGUUGUUUGCGAGAGCGUGGUCUCAAACGCAAGGAAAACCGUUUUACUGCAAAAAAGCUUCCUGUUACCCGGCUGAGCGCAUUCCUGGAGAAGCGGGUAAAUGAUUUUCUGAAGAAGAAGGAAGUGGGAACAGGAGAGGUCACUAUCCGGGUAUUGGCCAGUUCAGAUAAGGUGGCAGAGGUCAAACCACUCAUGAGAGCCAGAUUUACAGAGAGUGGCGAGCUAUCGGAGUCGUUUCCAUACCGCCUGAAGGCGAUUUUCGCCUUUCAAGAGAUUGACGGACAGGAUGUUUGCUUCUUUGGUCUUUACGUCCAGGAAUACGGAUCUGAAAGUCCUCAGCCUAAUCGGCGAAGAGUGUACGUAGCAUACCUAGAUUCAGUAUUUUUCUUUCGACCCAAACAGUACCGAACGGAUGUCUACCACGAGAUAUUAGUGGGUUACUUGCUGUACGCCAAGCGGUGUGGCUACACAAUGGCUCACAUAUGGGCCUGUCCUCCAGGAGAAGGAGAUGAUUAUAUAUUCCACAUGCACCCAGCAGAACAAAAGAUCCCCAAAGCAAAGCGUCUCCAAGAAUGGUAUCGACGAAUGCUUCAGAAAGCCAUCAUAGAAGGAAUAGUUGUGGAUUACAAAAACAUCCUCAAAGAUGCUUUGGAUCAUCAGCUUGUCUCACCAACUGAAAUACCUUACUUCGAGGGUGAUUUUUGGCCCAACACUUUGGAGGAUAUACUGAAAGAGCUUGAGGAGGAAGAAGAUCGACGACGACGGGAAGAAGCAAUGGCCCAAGCUGAGGCGGAGGACGAUGAGUCUGAUAGUACUGGUCUGACAGGUGAAGGUUAUUCUGGUGAUCCCGACAAACGUAGUGGCAAGAAGAAGGCAAAAAAGCGUAAGGGUAACAAGAAAGGAAAUACUUCUACUGCAAGCAAGAGAAAACGUCUAGAUGGACCCAUUGAUGGCACUGAAGAGCUAUCCCGUAAGGUGUAUGAUACAAUGGAGAAGUUGAAGGAAAUAUUCUUCGUAAUACGUUUGCAUCGACAUAAUUCCGCAGCGACCCUUCCUCCCACCUCUGACCCUGAUCAACCAGUACACAGCGAGCUAAUGGAUAGUCGUGACGCUUUUCUCCAAAUGGCGCGUGAACGUCACCUGGAGUUUUCCUCUCUCCGGCGAGCAAAGUAUUCUACAAUGGUGUUGUUGUACGAGCUCCACAUGGAACAGAGACAAAGCUUUAUGUACAAUUGCAACGUCUGUGGUGCACAAAUUGAAACAAGAUGGCACUGUAACGACUGCGAAGAAUAUGACCUGUGCUCUCGCUGUUACGCCACCGAGAACCAUCCUCAUCCCAUGGUGAAAUACGGACUCGGAAUCGAUGAAGAUUCUGGGACAAAUGAAGAGUCAACUGAUCGGCCUUCGGGUGCGAAUUCUACAGCUGAUCGCCGUAGCAGCAUCGAGCGUUGUAUUAAAUCUUUGCUGCAUGCGUGUCAGUGCCGCGAUGCCAAUUGUCGUAUGCAGACCUGCACACAGAUGAAGCGUGUGUUAUGCCACACUCGCAAUUGUGUUAAGAAGGCAACAAACAGUUGUUUACUAUGCCGUCAGUUGCUGUCACUCUUGUGGCAUCAUGCCCGCUGUUGUGACGAGUCGAAGUGUCCAGUUCCAUUCUGCUUAAAUAUCAAAUACCGCGUCAAACAAAAACAGCUGCAACAGCGUCUGCAGCAGAGCAAACUACUCCGUCGCAGAAUUUCUACUAUGCAUAGGGGUGCUGUUCCAGCGGCUGAACAGUUGAGUUCUCAUGCUUCUUCCCUACCGACCCCCUCUGGUGUGCAGCCAGUUCCCGAAGGGAGCCACGGCCUACAGUCACCCUCAACCUACACCGCUGCUGCAACACCGGUCACGGUGAGUGGCCAAGUUCUUCAUCCUCCACACACAAUUGCGUCUCCGUCUGGAUUUCAGGCUACCCAACACACAACCCAAACCGCACAUCAACCGUCAAAUGUAGUUGGCCCGAUGGGUGAUACGCCAAGCCCGCAGCUUCAGCAGCGAAGUUCUGUCCAAGUCACGCCUCUUUCUCAAGGAAGCCCGCUUUCCGCUACCCGCCCUUUACCAAGUAACUCGGCUUUUCCUUCCGGCACCAGAGUUGUUGUUCAGCAGUCUCAGCAGUCAGCCGGAUUGGUACACCCUCAACCCAACUCAAACGCCCCUGCUGGAAAUUGGCGUGCCAGACCAGCUUUACCAACUACCGUCCCAGGAAGUACACCCUACUCACUGGCUAACAACUGUCAGCCGUUGCAAAUUUCCCAGGGGCCGACGCAAUCUAUUCCUUCCACAUCUGGUCAUGCAACUGUUAAUCAGCCUAAUAGUCAAAAAGCGUCUGCAAUAGCUGCGAUGGCGGCCAGAGCCAGACCACAAGACAUAGCUCACGUCAGUCACGUAAUUCACUUGAUCAAAGCCACCGGUGCCUCAAGUGAAGAACAGAACCGCCGGUUCAUUGACUGGAUCAAGGGCCAUCCAGAGUACCAUGCAGCAUUCUUCGCUCUGCAUUCGCAAAACAAGCAAGCUGGCCUCAGAGCCCAAACGGCGCAGCGGCGAAUGGUCGUAACAACUAUUCCAUCCACCGCUCCCUCUGCUCCGGUUGUUUCAACAUUAGCGGACGUAUCCCAGUCUCUUCUAGGCACGAGCACGCUGUCGAACAAUGUUGUGAUCGUACCGUCACCUGCAGUCACUACUAUCACUAACCACAACAGUGGUAUUCCUGGAAACCACAUUCAAAACUUGGUGAGCACCAACCCAAACGUCAAUUCGCUCCCUGUUGUAACCGCACCUCCGCUGGGCUCAACACAAUCUACUGUUGUUCAUCAACCUGUACAAUGGAUAUCCAUACAGCCUCCCGUUACCGCCAAUCACCAACCAGUCAUGACCGCCCCCACCUUACAUUCUGGUCAAGCUGGUUCGAACACGACUACGUUGAGAUUUAGAACCGUACCGUCCCAGUCUCAGCCUCAAGUUCAACACUUUUACAGCACUACCUCAUCACUGGGUCAGGGGAAUACCACUUUCGUUAAUAACGUGCCGGCAACGGGUAUGUUCGUCUCUGCUGCUAACGCGAGCAUGCUAUCUGUAGGGGGUCCACAACAGGUCAUUGGGUCGACUCAGCGAGUGGCUUCGGCGAAUGCUGCACUUACAACACUUGGUCGUCAAAAUGCCGCUCCUCAGGCCGCCAUAGUUCACUUUCGGCCACAGCAACAGUCCGUCAGUGGACAAGUUCCAUCUCACAUAAUUUUGACCAACACAAGUGCUUCUGGGCAGCUCCAACAUCAAUCCCAACCACAACUGAUAUCCACCUCCGGCGGUGGUCGGCAGGUCGUCGCACUCAUGACCCCCCAACAGUCCGGGCCGCACCCAAACGCUGAUCCCAAUUCCGGUAUUCUGGAUCCUGGAGCACCUCCUAGUGCGGUUGGCAAUAAUAUGAAUGCCGGGAUCAAGUGAUAUAUAAUAAAUCAUUGGCUUUUUGUUCCUCUCUUUGGCUGUGUAUGAAUGGGACUCUACCCAGAGAAAGCGGAAAUAAGCAUGCAUGACACCACUGUACACAGUGCACGGGUUUUGUCAACAACGGAGCUUGGCCUAAUCAACCAUAUCUGCGGGCCUUCUCGUCCAAGUGACCCAAUGAUUCUGUGGUUAUUUUCUUUCAGAAUAUCCGCUUUCCGUCCCGCCUGGUUUGUCAGUUCAUUGUUAUCCUUCAUCGCAUUUACGUUCCAUACAUAGGUUUCUGCUGUAUCAAAAUGGUCUUUUUCCCAAAUUCCCCUCAUUUGAAUGCUUUCAAGCACUUCUUUAACGGACCCCCCGUCUUAAUUCUGUAUUGUUGACCCCUGUUAAUUUUUAAGCCUGUGCCGCCCUCCACGGUCCGUUCAACUGUCGUUCAGUGACGCUUGCCGAUUGCUAUCAGACUGUGCUCGAUCCUCACGUCUGCCAUUGUGAUGUGCAACAGUGGGAUUUGUCUUUAUAGAUCUUCACUUCCCAAUAUUACUUGCUAUCUUUGACUUGUUGACUUCCAGAUUGAAUUCACCUAUACACAAGUGAUCAGCUUAUUCUACCAGUUGGUUUUACUGAACUCAAGUGCGUCAAAUCACGUAAACUCUUCCUGACAUGUGGCGAUCCGUUUGUACACAUUUUGUUCCAGUUUACGAAAGGCCUUCGCUACAACUUUGUCGCUAGGCGUCCCCUUAUCGUCUUGCCUGUGUGCGUAACUACGUCGCUUUUGUCAGUCCUCGGGGAGAUUUUGAUUACGCCUUUGGUUAUUUGGCUCCAACUCCAUCAUUGUACAUAUAUUUAGGAAGGUCUUCGCUCACCCUCUGGCGCUCGCUCGCCGGCUUGUACAUGUACCUUCCCCACCUAAUGCCCGCAGGUACGCUUUCCUAUUCCUGUCUAGACCUAUUGUCUUUGCAUAGUGCUUUUACUGGUGUACAUGCUCAUCGGAGAUCUGGUCACAGGCCUUUUGCAAUUUUGUUGCCCAAUUAAUUCCCUCGAACAAGGGUAGUGUUCUUGAGACCACUUCUGUCCAUAGGUAUGUUAGACACCUUGUGUCUACCUGUAAAUUGAUUGCAUAUAGAGCGCUACAUUGUCACUGAC